AUGAAGAGCUAAAGAUGGCAAAAACUGAAAAUGGCGUACGCAUCUUUCAGGGUCUAUUAAUCCUGGGGAACGUGGUCAUUGGGAUGUGUGGUAUUGCCCUGACAGCAGAGUGCAUCUACUUUGUGUCCGAUCCCCAUGGUCUCUACCCUCUGCUGGAAGCCACAGAAAAUGAUGACAUCUAUGCUGCUGCCUGGAUUGGCAUCUUCGUUGGCUUUGCACUCCUUGCUCUGUCUAUCCUUGGCAUUAUAGCAGUCAUUAAGUCCAACAGGACUUUGCUGCUGGUGUAUAUUAUUCUGAUGCUGAUCACUUUUGCAUUUGAAAUGGCUUCUUGCAUCACAGCAGCAACUCACCGAGACUUUCUCACACCAAAUCUCUUCCUGAAGCAGAUGCUGGAGAGGUAUCAGAAGCCAGACGCGGACAAUAACAAUGACAAAUGGAUGAGUGAAGGGGUCACAAAGACAUGGGAUAAACUCAUGCUUCAGAAUCAGUGCUGUGGAGUGCACGGGCCCUCCGACUGGCAGGAGUACACAUCUGCCUUCCGCAUGACACACAGUGAUGCUGACUUCCCUUGGCCACACAAUUGCUGUGUCUUGGAUUCUCGAGGGUCUCCCAUCAACCUUGAUGGCUGCAAACUUGGAGUCCCUGGGUUCUAUAAGAGCAAUGGUUGUUAUGCUGCUAUUUCUGGGCCAAUGAACAGACAAGCCUGGGGUGUUGCCUGGUUUGGUUUUGCCAUCCUCUGCUGGACUUUCUUUGUCCUCCUUGGUACCAUGUUCUACUGGAGCAGAAUCGAAUACUGAAGGCCUGGUGUCCUCAGCGUUGUCCUGAAGCACUCCGUGAAACUGCAUUCAUUUGUCUCCUGCUCCAUGUUCCUUGUGCCACUGAGGAUUUGAAGUUUUCCUGCUACCUCUCCCAUAUUACUUUUGCCCCUCCAAAAACCUGAAACACUGAGUUGAUCCUUCCAGGAAAGAACCUUCUUGUCCCUUCUUUGCCCCUUGUUCUGCCUCCCAGCUGAGGUACAGUCCUUCUGCUGUUCAAGAAAUCCUUGGAGCAUAAGAUAAGAAAUGGUCCGAUUUGUUCUGUGAUGACAUCAGAGAGGAAAAUGCCCAGAUAUGCUUGCUCCAGAAAAGUCUCUCUCUAAAACUUGGCUGAGUGUAAAUCGUAAUGCUAAAGGCUCUGGCAAGGGCUGUAUGAGCAAAGCUGUAACCUCCUGUGACCAAUAAAGACGGACACUGCAAGGGAGAAGACUGGAGAACUCCCUAAUAUAUUUUAUCUUUCAACUUCUGUUCCUGGUCUCUGUCACCCCAUGCCUUUGAGUAAGGCAGAUUCUCUUAGAGUUUAAGUGUGUCAGCAGUAAAGACGUAUCACAGAUGAAAAGUCUGUUGCUAGUCAGGCCCAACAAAAGGCCAGCUCACUCCUCUGCAAUACGCUGCCUGCAUUCAGGCCUACCUCCUGUGACCGAUGAAACUGCUGCCUGUUCUCCUGCCUUCAGAAGUGCCAGUUCAUGAAAAGCUCCUCUUGCUAGCAAGCAACUCCACCAAAAUCUACAUGUACUUCACAGAAGAUUUCACUAGAAUUUGUGCAGAAUACAAGGGGUCCUGUGCCAUAGUUGGCUUUGUGGAAGUGGCAAUCCCACACCCGUAGAUCACCGUGCUUCUUGUGUCAGCUACCUACGUGUACAUGGUCAUGUCUCAUGUGUACUCCUCCUCCCACAUCCCCAGAUAAGGCAGGACAGGCAUCAAAUAAUGCCAACAAUCUUGUGAAAAAUGCCAGCAAGGUCCUUAGUGAGCCAAGUCCAAUUGUUGCAUCAACAGUUACAAAUCUCACUCGGUUCAAUAGUGGCAGUUUACUUUGGCCCAGACUGAUCUGGUGUCUUUCCUAGUGGAUGUUUCAGUUACACGUGUAAUGUAAACGUGCUCCCGUGUAGAGCAUUUUAAGGUGAAGCCUCUUCCCAAGGUGUUCUGGCUCAGGUUGUGACAGUUUGCCAGCUGCUGUGAUGCCUUGUUUUUUG